GCCGUUCCACCCUUUCUAGCACCUUGUUAUACCGCUUCCUGCUAUACACUAUCCUUACACAAGGAUAACAGCUAAUGAUAAUCUGUGCAUUUUCUUUCUAUACCCUCUGCUAUACCCGAUGAUGUUGUGAUUUCGUUUCUAUGUUCUCUUUCCUUGGUUCUAUAGGGUUUACACGUUACGAGUAUGGAAGUUGUGCAUUUCUUGUAUGUCAAAUGAUAGAAGGCCGGUCAGAUAGGACGGUGGCGAUUUUUUUUUUUUUUUUUUCAAAUUUUUCUUCUUUUUUUUCCUUCUCGUCAUAUUUUGUUUGGUCUAGGCGGGCGUUUUCAGUCUACUGGUCUUCUCAGUGUUUACCUUACCAAGCAUUUUAUGAUUAUCUUCACUCUACUCAGCUAUUCUUGUGUUCAUGUUGGAUAUUGGACUCUGCGCCCUGCGGAUGCUGGUUGCGUAUGUUGAUGCUUUCAAAGUUUGUGUUUAUAGUAUGCAGAUUGCACGCAGGUUCAUGCUCUGGGGCUUCUAAUUUGAAUACAUUUUCCCCAUUUGUCUAUGAUCUUCCCUUUUCGAUAAAUGAUUGAACAGGUACUCCGUUGCAAGGACUAUAUGUGUGCGCGCAUGCCUAUGAUGAAUUUUCUUUGGCGGAUAUUUUGGCUUAAUGAUUGGUGCCUUUGCCAUCUUCUUCCUUGCAUUUUGGUGGAAUUUUAUUUUA